AUGGCACAAGCACGACUGAUCCAGCUAUCCCAGCACCUGCAGCCGCCGCACCCCGCGGGAGGCCCCUACACCGUCAACGACUCCCCCCUCGGCACUCCCCGUCCCGUCCGCAUCGUCGUCAUCGGCGCCGGCGCGAGCGGCAUCAACGUGCUGCGGACGCUGCGCCUGCAGCUCCCCGCCGGCUCGUGGACGGCUGUGGCGUACGAGAAGAACCCGCGCGUCGGCGGCACGUGGUUCGAGAAUCGGUAUCCGGGCUGUCGAUGCGAUAUCCCCGCCCAUAACUACCAGUUCUCGUGGAAGCCGAACCCCAGCUGGAGCGCCUUCUUCGCGCCUGCCGAGGAGAUUGAGGAGUAUCUCGAAGAGGCGUGGAAGGAGGAGGCGGCGAGGAAUGAAGCCGCGGCUAUGCGGACGGAGUGCCAGGUCACGCGCGCGGAGUGGAGGGAGCGGGAGGCGAAGUGGGUUGUUACGGUGCGGGACAUGAAGACGGGUGAGGUCUUUGAUGAUUGCGCUGAUUUUCUGCUCAAUGCGUCUGGGAUCCUGAACAAUUGGAAGUGGCCAGACAUUCCAGGCCUUCAGGAUUUUCAGGGAGAAGUUGUGCACAGUGCAAACUGGCCGGCAGACUUCUCCUGUUCUGGAAAGACGGUGGCUGUCAUCGGAAACGGGUCGUCGGGGGUGCAGAUUGUGGGUGCUAUUCUUCCGCAGGUCAAAAGCCUUGUCCAUGUCGCGCGGUCGCCCGUCUGGAUAGCUCCUCCCCGCUUACAAGUGUUGGCAACAACCAAGGCUGCCGGGAUCCUGAACCAAAUCGAGCUGGAUGAGCACGCGAACUUCACUCCCCGACAGAUCCAGAAAUUCAAGUCCGACCCCGCCUUCUACCAAAAAUUCGUCAACGCCAUCGAGCAAGAAAUAAACACCAACUUCCCAAUCUACCUCAAAGACACCCCCAUCCAAGCCCUCGCCUUCGACAAACUCAAAUCCUACAUAACCACCUCCCUCAACCACGACGCCCGCCUGUGCGCCGCCCUCAUCCCCUCCUUCCCCGUCGGCUGCCGCCGCAUGGUGCCCGACUCCGGCUACCUCGCCGCCCUGACGCACGCAAAGACGCGCGUCGUGACGGACGACCCCAUCGCCCGCGUCGUGCCCGCCGGCAUCCAGCUCGCAUCGGGCGAGACGGUCCCGCUCGACGCCAUCGUCUGCGCUACGGGGUUCGACGUCUCGUUCCGCCCGCGCUUCCCGCUCGUCGGCCGCGGCGGCGUCAAUCUGCAGGAUGUCUGGGGCGGAGGAGGAGGAGAAGGCAGCAGGAGGCCCCGCGCGUACAUGUCGUGCGGCGUGGAGGGGAUGCCGAAUUAUUUCACCUUCCUCGGCCCCAACGCCCCCAUCGGCCACGGCAGCGUCUUCACGCUGACCGAACACAUCGCGGCGUACAUCACGCGCAUCAUCCAGAAGUGCCAAACCGAAGGCAUCGCGGCGAUCGAGCCGUCUGCCCGCGCCGUAGCCGAGCUGGGCGCGCACAUCGACGCCUUCAUGCCGCGGACGGCGUGGGCGGGGUCGUGUCGGUCGUGGUAUAAAGGAGGGACGGCGGAUGGGCCGGUCACCGCGCUGCAUCCCGGUAGUAGGCUGCACUUUUUCCGGAUGCUAAGGGGGUUUAGGGGGGAGGAUUGGGUGUAUACGUAUGAGGGGUGGAUGAAGGGGAAUCGGUUUGGGUAUUUGGGGAAUGGGUUUGCGGUGGAGGAGGUGGAGGAGGUGGAGGGGUGA